AUGUUCCCUCCUGAUUACCCGUUUGCUCCACCAGCUAUCCGCAUGCACACUCCUAGUGGUCGUUUUCAACCAUCAACUCGUCUGUGCCUCAGCAUCAGUGACUUCCACCCAAAGUCUUUCAACCCCGCCUGGGAAGUAUCUACCAUUCUCAUUGGAUUGCUUUCCUUUAUGACAAGUGAGGAAAUGACCACCGGCAGCGUGAGUGCAUCGGAGGCGGAGCGAAGAGUGUUGGCGGCGCGAUCUAGAUGGUGGAACUCCACUGGCGGGGGCUCACAUAUCAGCGCAACACCGGGAGUGACACCCACCGCCAAAGGUAUCAACAAUGUGAAAGCCGGAGACGGUGGCCUGAAGUUUCGCACGGAAUGGCCCGAAGUAGACCAGGAGAACUGGAGAUGGAUGAAGGACAGCCGCAUUGACACGAACACCGGUCAGCUCAUGUCCGAUCCGAGUCUUGCGACCAAAUGCUCCCCAGAAACAAGUGCACUUCGCCGACGGCCGAACGGUAGCGCGCCAGGCCUUGGGGCUGUCAUGGAGGGCGGUCAUGUAGCCCGUGAAGCAGGUCAGAGCUGGGUCCGACGCAACAAGAUCUGGAUUGGCCUCGCAAUUCUAUUUGCAUAUGCGCUUUUGACAAGACUGGUGAAGGACGUUCAGGUCAUGGGUUGGUUCUGGGCCGACUCCCAACCGAAGCCGACUCCGGCGGCUUUAAAGCCCUCCGAUGCUUCUCCUCCACCAGGAUGCCCUAUGCACACACCCUCUACCCCUCCUUCUAUGCCGAGCAACUCCAGCCCCGACACUGCAAGUGCAUGUCCGGUCCGGUCUACGGACUCCCCAUUCUAUGCGCCGCCGAAGCCCAAAUCACCCGAGUCCCAACCGACACCAACCCAGGACACGCGGUCAACGCUUUCGAAGUUGAAUCCCCUGAACUACAUGUUCGCCUCGAUCUCCCAGGAAAGGGCACCGAACCAGAUAGUAGAUCUCCCGGUGGAGCGAGAGGCCUCAUCAAUACCUAGAUCCGAUCUAGAUGAAAAUUGGGAGUAUCCAUCCCCUCAGCAGAUGUAUAAUGCCAUGUUGCGCAAGGGUUAUACAGACACCCCGCAGGAUGCCGUCGAGGCCAUGGUUGCCGUUCACAACUUCUUGAAUGAGGGAGCUUGGGAAGAAAUCGUUCGGUGGGAACGCCUCUUCUCCCGAGGUCUUGCGCACGGCUGGGACAAGUGUCGACGUGGAGAGGAGAACAUCGUGAUGGACGAAUACAGAGAAGACCUUGCAAACACCACGAAGCAGGAUGUUGCGCCACCCCGACUCAUCCGGUUCAAGGGUCGCCCACAGGAGUUAACUCCCAAGGCACGCAUCCUACAGAGCCUUGGUUGGCUGUAUCCGGCAAAGUUCGAAACCAACCCACCUUUUGACCGCCAUGAUUGGUUCGUGAUGCGGCAGACACCGUCCGGUCCGAAAGAAAUCCGUUAUGUCAUCGACUAUUACUCAGGUCCUCCAGAGCCAACGGGGGAACCUGUCUUUUUCUUGGACAUCAGGCCCGCUCUUGACACGCCAACUGCCGCUGUUGAGCGAUUGAUGAGAUGGGGUGGAGACGUGUGGUGGCGCGCUAGCGGUGCGAGUGCUCGCGAGACCAGUGGACAUUAG